AAUAUCAUAUCCUAAAUAUCUAUAUAACCCUUUGUGGGUACUAAUUCUUUUCCAUCAUCAUUCUAUUCCCAACUCAUCUCAUGGCUCUUCAAGCUGCUGCUCUCUUUCCCACUACUUUUUCUGUCACCAAAGAGAACAAGAAAUACAAUGCAUCAUCAUCAUCAUCCAGUCUCUUCGGAAUUUCCAUCAACGAUUUCUCCUCCUCCACCUUAAGAUCAAUGAAGUGUCAAAGGAAUGUUGGUGCGGUUAGAAUCCAAGCGGUAGCAACCACCACUCCUGGUUUUACCUUAGCAACUCCGACAACCAAGAAAACACUCAGAAAAGGAACCGUUGUAAUCACCGGAGCAUCUUCCGGGCUCGGUCUAGCCACCGCCAAGGCAUUAUCCGAAACCGGUAAAUGGCACAUUAUAAUGGCAUGUCGAGAUUUCCUGAAGACCGAGAGAGCAGCUAAGUCGGCUGGGAUUUCAAAGGAGAAUUACACUAUCAUGCAUUUAGACCUAUCUUCACUCGAAAGUGUCCGACAGUUUGUCGAGAACUUCAAACGUUCUGGCAGACCGUUGGACGCUUUGGUAUGCAAUGCAGCCGUCUACUUGCCAACAGCCAAAGAACCGACGUUCACGGCUGAAGGGUUUGAACUCAGUGUUGGAACUAACCAUCUUGGACAUUUCCUUCUUUCGAGAUUAAUGAUUGAUCUCUUGAAUCAAUCUGAUUAUCCAUCAAAGAGACUCAUUAUUGUCGGUUCAAUUACAGGAAACACAAAUACCUUGGCUGGAAACGUACCUCCAAAAGCAAACUUAGGUGAUAUGAGAGGACUUGCAGGAGGAUUAAACGGUUUAAACAGCUCCGCAAUGAUCGAUGGUGGAAAUUUCGACGGUGCGAAAGCUUAUAAAGAUAGUAAAGUGUGUAAUAUGUUGAUAAUGCAAGAAUUUCACAAAAGGUAUCAUGAAGAAACGGGGAUCACCUUUGCUUCACUCUACCCUGGUUGUAUUGCCACCACGGGUUUGUUCAGAGAACACAUUCCGUUGUUCAGGUUGCUCUUUCCUCCUUUUCAGAAGUAUAUUACAAAAGGAUUUGUUUCUGAAGAAGAAUCUGGAAAGAGACUUGCACAGGUUGUGAGUGAUCCAAGCUUGACAAAGUCGGGUGUAUAUUGGAGCUGGAAUAAGGACUCGGCCUCGUUCGAGAACCAGUUGUCUCAGGAAGCAAGUGAUGUGGAAAAGGCUCGCAAAGUUUGGGAAGUUAGCGAGAAACUUGUUGGUUUGGCCUAGAGCAAUUCGAUCGUUUUCAACCUUUGUAGUUGGUUUUUUGUGCGGUUAUUUGCGAUUACUCCCUUGUAAAAUUGGGUGUUAACAUCGUGACAUUGUAGAAAUAAAACAUCGCGCACCUUAAUAAAACAUCGCACACCUUAA